AUGAGAUUCCUUCUUGAGGCUAAACGCUUAGCCCUACUAGAGAGAAAAGCUCUUCUGCUUUGCCCUAGGUUGAAUAUAUCUUAAAUUGACCAUAGGAUUCACUCUGCUGUAAAUUAAGACAUUCAUCGGGAUCUUUUUAUUCAAAACGUUUUCUUAUAAACGUCUUGUACUAAAUAAUUGGGUAAUAUCAACGCAGUGAACAGGUAACAAGCUACCAUUUAAAUAUGGACUUGUCCCGUGUCCUGCAAGACCUCCAAAUAGCUAGGGUUCCUGAGGCGGAGGUCCGUUCUCCAGGAGAUCCUGAUUUUCUACCCGCUCAUCCCCCCGUUGCCGAUGUCCUACGCGAGCUCCAGGACAAACUCCGGACCCCCGGUUUCAACUCUGACCAGAUUGUUCCUCUCCUCAACACCAUGGAGCAGGUUGUCAGACACGCGGACCCCCACUGGCUGUUCCUAGACUGCUGCUGCAAUCAAGGGACAGACGUGAGGAGAUGCUAUGCAGACUUGAUGUUAUGCCUGGUGCAGCACGCUGCACUGCCUUUGUGUGAGUGUGACAGUGGUUCGCUCCCAGCCAGCUCCUAUCAGGAUGUCCCCCCCAGAGCCACAGCUGUCUGCUCCCUGCUCUCUGCCCUGUUGGACAGGCUGGGUGACCUGAGAAAUGCCCAGCGUGGCUCCUCUUGCCCCUAUCUCACCACCCCUGCUCUUGGGCUGACCCUCCUGCCCCUCCUGGCUCCCCAGUCCUGUGUGCUGGCAGUGACCCACCUGCAGGAAGCAGCCUGGAGCAGCCAGGGUUCCAGGACUGAGGCCUCUUCCCUGGUAAAGACUCUGCUCCGUGUCGGGGGCUGGGAGAACCCUGCUCAGCUACUGGGGGGGUCAGGCCAAGCCUCAGACCAACUGCCGGGCAUCCUGGGUGGGGUCCUGGACCUGCUGCAGCCACACCUGACAAAGGAGAGCUGGAAGAGGAACGAGGCUCUGAAGUACGUGUUUGCCUGGGUGCUGCUCCAGACGCAGAGCAGCUGUGUGUCCGACCACCUGGACAGGCUCUUCCCCCCCUCCCUCCUCAUGUCUGACGACUACUCCUCCGACAACAAGCUGCUGGGGGUCCGCUGCCUCCACCACCUCCUCCGUCAUGUGCCUGCUGCAGAACUGCGCCAGUACAACAGAGCUGAAGUUCUCCACCACGCCCUCUUCAACCACCUUUACACAUCUGGAGCACCUCUCAUACAGGUGGUGUUGCCAUGCCUGCUGGAUUUGCUGCCAGUGUUGGAGAAAUCCCCUGCUCUCAUUGUCGCCUCCCGGAGGCCCAACCGGUACGACACGGUGCUGCGUCUGGUCCUGUCCCAUAUGGAGGUGGAACACAAGCUGCCUCUGCGCAGGGUCUACGCCGGCAUCCUGCCACUCUUCAUAGACAGGAUGGGUGUCUUGGUGGUGCGCCACCUGAAACGUGUGGAACGUGUUGUUACCGGGUACCUGGAGGUGUGUGAUGGUCCUGAGGAGCAGAGUCGGAUCGCCAUCCUGGACGCUCUGGAGAAGACCAUCGCUGUAGCCUGGCCAAGGAUGGCGUGUCGUUUGAGUGUGCUGGUGAGGAGCCUGCUGAGGUUACUGGUUGACGUGUCGUCAGAGGACACGUCUGCUGCGGUCCGACAGGAGCUGAUGGACAGAGCCACGCGCUGCCUGCUACUGCUGGACCACGCUACCAAGGGAAAAGUACAGACUCUUCUACAGGAUGUGGACAGUGGCUGUGCCAGUGCUCCUGUGCUUUGCUGCCUACAAAUGGUAUCCCAGAGACAUUAACACUGCUGGAUGAGCUACUACCUCCUAUACCAGACUGGGGGGCCAGAACUACCCUCAGACCCUGUGCUGGAUCUGGAGCAGGACACAUUGAAGGAG